CUGCCCACAGGAAAUACGUCACAGCUACCACUGGCUUCCGGGUUUCUGUCUGACCUCUCUGCACAUUGGAAAUGCUGCCUCGUCUUGCCUGGAGGGGAUUCCCUCUGACUUUGCAGUUUUAUCAGAAGACACCACCAGUUUAUCAGAUGUGUAAACAACACCUAUUGUCAACACCAGCCCACACGGUUUACAUCAGCAGCAGGACCUUAUUGUUGCCCUGCAAGCCAGCCCUGCAUGCUGCUCCCUGCAUCCUAAACUCCAGGUGCGGAAGCCGCAAGUUUAGCUCCCACAUGAAAAAGAGGAAAGUCCAGGAGGAAGAUGAUCGAAAGAAUUUAGGUUUACUGAGAUACGACCUGUUGUCUCUUAAAAAUGUGCCCAAGCCUGCUCUUUACCUGGGGUUGGGAGGUUUGAUCCCCUUUGUUGCUCCCCCUGUUGUAAUGAUUGCAUCAUCUUGCUACUACCCAGAGUUGGGCUACGCGCAGAUCGCAUAUGGUGCCGCCAUACUUUCCUUCCUUGGCGGUGUUCGCUGGGGUUUUGCCAUUCCGGAAGGCAGCCCUGCCAAGCCCGACUGGAUGAAUCUGGCUAACAGCACGGUUCCAGCAAUCUUUGCGUGGAUAGCUCUUCUCUUCAAGGAUACCCCAACAGAGUCUGCAUUACUUGUUAUCAUGGGGUUAGGGAUUGCAUUACACUAUGACCUUGCCCUGCUCCCUACUUACCCUUCGUGGUUCAAAGGAUUAAGAGCUGUGCUAACGUUCGUAGCAGUCUUAUCGCUAAUAGCUACUUUAACGAUUUCAGGGCUCUAUCCACACAAAACAUUGGUUAAAGGACCACCUGACUUCUGAUACCUACUUCCACAAUGCAGCAGGUUUAUGAGGUUCCAAAAAACUAACUGGUUGAACGAGAAGAUUAUAGUUUGACACAAGGAAUCCUCCAGGCCAGGUUUAAUCACGCAUAUCAAAGCUCACAACAGUCAACGAAUAGAUUGUAUUAUGUAGAUUUUAUAUAUUCAUUCAUCCAGAAAAGUACAUUUCUAUGCCAAAAUGGAAGAACACGUUAAAAAUGGUCAAAUACUUCCGUUGUAUUCUGAAUAAAAUAUAUUGGAUCAAUAAUGUAUUCCCCCAUAUGAUCAGCAUCGCUUGUCAAAAUGACAAAAACGUGAUUCAAAAUCAAUCAAAAUACCUUUUAGCUCUCUUAAUAUUCUAAUGAUCUUACAGCCCUUGCACAGCAGACCCAACAAACGGCCCUGACAGAGUUGAGAGCGAGUGCAGACUACGGUUUGCUCAGUCAGCUUUGCAGUGAUGCUUAGGAUCGUCCUUCAAUUUAACGAUAAAUAUAUCAUUUUGAAAGUUUAAACGCGAUACAUGCAAAUCUAUUUUUGCCUGAUAUAAACAGGUUUUCUCACAGAGUCUGCAUGAACAGGGGUUAUUAUUCUCAUCAAAGAUCAGACCAACAAUUAUCACCAGCAUUUCCUCUCAAACCUGAACGCACUCUGCAAUAAAUGAAACGUUCUGUGAACUCUUGUGAUGCUGUGCUUCCACAUUUUGUUUGUAAGCUUUUCUUCACUUUC